AUGGCACUAAAAGUUUUACAAAACAAAGUCAUCAAAGCCACGCUGCUACAAAUAAUCCCUUGGACAGCUGAUCUCAAAGCUUUUGAAAGAAGACUUACUGAAUAUAUUGCAUGUUUGCAACCAGCUACAGGACGUUGGAGAAUGAUUCUGAUAGUGGUGUCAGUCUGCACAGCAACUGGUGCUUGGAACUGGUUAAUAGACCCGGAGACACAAAAGGUGUCAUUUUUCACAUCACUUUGGAAUCACCCGUUUUUCACAAUUAGCUGUAUUACCCUAAUAGGCUUGUUCUUUGCUGGAAUACAUAAAAGAGUGGUGGCACCAUCAAUUAUAGCAGCCCGGUGUCGAACUGUUUUGGCAGAAUAUAAUAUGUCCUGUGAUGAUACUGGAAAAUUAAUUUUGAAACCUAGGCCUCAUGUUCAAUAAGGGCUGUCUUCCUUCAGUUUUUUCCACUGCCAUGGAAACCAAAAAUGACCUUUUCAAGGUAGUGUGACAGCAAAAAACCAAACAGGACUGGUUGUCGCUACCUGGGAGUGAAAGUCUUACACAGUUGACAGUGAAAGUGUGCAAUAUUACUUUCUUGAAUAUUUACCCAAAUUCUUUGUUAUCAUAUUAUCAGUGCUUUUGCUACUUCUGAUUACCUCUCUUUCAGUAUUAGUGUCACUUUUUUAGUUCAGCUAGAACAGAACAUACAGGUGAAGUAUGUUAAUUGGCUAUGAAGUUGAACUUGAAAAUCAAACCUCAUUUGUGCUAUAUGUCUUUGUAAGCUAUUGUAAAUAGCAGAUCGAUGCCAAUGUUCAGGAAAAGACAUAAUAUUCGCUGUAUGGCUUUUUUUGUCUUCAUGAACAGUAUUGAAAGGAAUACUUACCAUUCCCGUGAUGUUUUAUUAGCACACUCACUCAUUACAGCUGUCCUUGUCUCCUGGUCGUUCUUUUUGGAACUGGUUAGAAGGCUUGCAGAAAGACUGUCUGCCUGUGCUGGAGAAAACUGGUCUCACUGUUUAAGAACUUUGGAAAUAUAUCAAGGAUCACAUUUGUCAAAUUGUGUGUAUAGUGCACCAGCCACUUUCAUUGUGGUCAUACGUAGCUCCCUGUUUGAUCUGGUUCACAAGACUGCUAUUUUAAGAUUUUAAUAUUUUAAAAAUGGUCUUAAAUAUGCUUGUAUCUUCCUGAUUGUAAGGUUGUACUGUAUCUUAAGUCCACAUGACCGUUUUGAGUGGAUUUUUAUGCUGUGAUAGUCUGAAUAUGAAACUAGUAUUGCAAAUGUGUAACUUCAGAUCUGGUGAAGAAAAUAUAGAGUGCCACAAUAAAAUAACAAAAUUUGUUAUUCAGAGUGUUAAAAACAAGGUGUGGAUGUUAUACGCACAAAGUGUAACUUUCGAAUAACUAAAAUUGUAAGGAGUCUCAAGAGUUUAAGCUGUUCAAGGUGCCUUUUUAAUUGUUUCAAACUCUUUUAAUUGACUAAAACUGUAAAGCUGUUGCGACUUCAGUAACUCCUACUACAAGGUAGACUGGCUUUUAAAGGCAGCCUAUUGAUGUAACUUUGUCAGUUGAGACAUUAAGAAUUGUCUCCUGUAAUUUUUCCAGUGAGUCUUCUGCCUAUCCAUUAUUUUUAAUCGCUGUAUAUUUUGUAGGUUAAUGUGUAUAAAAUAAAUUCUUUGUAUAAACAG